AUGUACAAUACGCACCUCCUCCGCUCGACCAUCUCCCUAUCUUUCGUCUUCGCUCUUUUCCAUCUUCUUCUUUUCUCCUCUUCCACUCCCAGCGACGCGGCCGCCAUCACCGGCCACCUCCUCACCUCUCGCACCAUCUCUGAUGUGGGCGUGUCAUCGACCUACGAGUUCCUCGACGUGCUGUUCGACGGCCCGGUCUUCCUGCAGGACUUUGGCGUCUACGCGUGCAGCGUGAGCCCCGCCACAGACAACCCCGAGUGCUCGGCCCUCUGCAGCACGCCCGCCCCCACGACCUGUUCGCAGCCCAACUUCACCUGCCUCAACCUCACCCAAGGCACACAGCUCUCCUCCUUCCCUGCGUCGAUCGGAAACACGGGACUUAAACAUGCGCCGGCGACGUACUCGGCGACGCUCCAGGCGGGCGAGGAGGUGAACCUGGAGGUGCUGGUGCCGCCCUGCACGAGCCUGGCCAUCGCCCUGGUCAUGUCGUCGGGCGACGCCGACAUCUACGCCACCAACGACGCCGCGCUCCUGCCCUCGCCGUCCCAGUCCUACUGGCAGUCGCACCAGCGCGGCGGGCUCACCGAGCUCCUCUUCCUGUGCUGCCGCCAGUCGGGCUACAACCCGUUCAUGAACGGACCGCUCUUCCUCAACAUCCCGGCCAUCACCAACGUCACCUUCUCCCUCUACGUCUAUGGAACUGCGAAAUUGGAGUGCCCUGGGCUGAAGACCUGCGAGACGACGGCCAAGGACAGCCCGGAGAGCUGCGAGGCAACCUACACCACCCUCCUCAUGCCCACCGCCGACUCGGCUGCCUCCGCCUUCAGCAUUCCCCUCUAUGAACCGGUGCCGGGCGUGACCUUCGAAACGGUGCCGAGCAAGUUCUCCAUGUCGCGGGUGAUGUACGGCGUGGGCAUCAACGGACAGGUCAACACCGUUUACGACGUGUCCCUGGCCCAGUGUAACAUCAGUUUUGUCGAUGUCGUUGACGCCAACGGAACCCUGGUCACGGACGUGCUGGUGCAGCCGGAAGUGAGCUAUCCCGAUUGCUCGCAGGCCAAGUUCCAGGAAGCAAAGCAGAAGCUGCAGAACAUGUCGACGAGCUACGACAAUGUUGAUUCGUUCGAAGACUUCCACGACCUGGUCCUCCGCGUCAACGCCUUCGCUGUCAGCGACGGCUGGGUUGGCUGUCAACGAUUGGUGGAUACCGAGUUCAUUGAAGAGGCGGGCCACGUCUCGGUUACCGAGUUCACCACCCGUUGCGGAUCGACCGACCCUGCUUCCAACAGCUCUGCCGACCCCUGCUGCAACUUUCUGGAAGAGUGGUCGGGCGUAUGCGAGCGCAAGGAGAUGACCUACGACAGAACCCAGUUCCGGGCCAAGAAGGCUACCGUUGCCGAUAGCUGUUCGGGCACGGCUGGGUGUACCUACCUCGCCCUCGAAGACUACGCCCACGCCAAGCAAUACGAAGACGACCCCACCCGCAACUGCGCCGCUUCGUUCUUUGACUCGGUCACGUCAGCCUACAGGGUGAGCAACCCGGCAUUGGAUUGCGCGACCAAGCACUAUGGCUCCUAUUGCGACUCGGAUGGCGACUGCCUAUUUGGAUCGCGCUGUACGGAGUUUCACACAUGCACGAUCGCGUGUGUGUCCGACAGCGACUGUGCCGGCAACCAGACCUGCCUCUUCAGCAAGUGCAGCACGCCCAAGGACCAGACUGCGCGCCUGGACCUGAUUGCAGAGGUGUUGCAUCACCCCAAACAAUGCAUGAGGAAUUUAUGCAAUUUGAUCACUCAUAUCGACCAACGCCAGUGCGUCGUUGACGGCAUGGACGAGAAGGAGAAGCAGUACUACCGCUCCCUCUGGGAUCUACCCGACAAUAAGACUAACAUUACAUUCGGUUACAAUGCAGCCAACGAGACCAACAACAAAGAUGCCUUUCUUGCCACCUACAAGGACCACCUGGCAUCGCCUACAUGCGUGGGCGGCUCAAACAUUGAAGAAUACUUCUUGACCGGUGGCUGCGACACUCACAAUUGCAACUGGGCCGCCUGCCAGCUCUAUCCCGAACUAGGCCGGGGCGAUUACAACGUGGCAUACGAGCCGCAGGGAGUGUGUGCCAACUAUGGAGCAGCGGGAACCAACAACAUCCUCCAAGAGUGUGCGCUCGUGGGCGUCAGCGAGCAGGCAUGCAUGCAAGCCUUCUGCUCGGUCUUCAAAUACGUGCGCGACGAGAAUGGACAGGACAAGCUGGUGUGUGACGAAUUCUGCUACUCCGGCAGUACGCUGCUGGACACCGAGGAUGAAUGUCACAACGCCACGCUCUGCAAGGCCGUCAACAACCUGGCUACCGAUGCCGACUGCCUGUGGAACCCGAUGGUGCAGGUGUGUAUGCUGCGGCACUCGCGCACCUACUCGGAUUGCGUCAACGCGGGCGACGGGUGGUCCUGGGCGCUCCACUACGAGUACGGGGCCUACCAGGACCAGGCCACCUGCGAGGUCGGCACCUGCCACCCGUACUUGACCGCCGACAAGUGCACCAACGAAACCCAGUGCAAUGCGGCGGGCCUGUGCGACGACGCCCUCGAACUCGCCAACCCGUACUACACCUCCGUAGACUUCCAGCCCAUCGACGGCGUGUGCGUGUACCCGUUCAAGCUGAUUAACGAUCAAUACGGGGUCGUGCCGUCGUGCCCCACCUACACGCAAAAGGGCAACAUCGGCUGCUUGGACUACUACAUCGCCUCCGAAGCCGAAUGUCUGGCACGACAGCUGGACUACGGGGAGCCCAGGUGGGUACGGCCGGCCGCCAAUCGGAGCGAGUGCGAGGCCUACGGCGAGGGCUGCCUGGAGCCGCGCUACACCUACCUCCAGGGCGCGGUCGGCCUCCCCGGCCAGGACUUCCUCUCGCCCAAGAACGCAUCCGAGUGCCAGGCGGUCGGCGGCACCGCGGUCCCCUACUACCGCUGGCGCCAAGGCCAAUGGUUUGAGGGUGGGCGCUGGCAGGAGUUGAGCUGGCAGGCGAGGGCGUGGAAGGAGAUGAACAAGGCCGUGGAGCCCUACUUCUCCACCUUCAAUCAGAUGAACCAGCACACCGCGGCCCACUAUUCCGACCUCGCCAUCCUCGAGAAGUCCGACCAGGCCUGCCGGAUUUCUUCGGGCGCCGCGCGAACCUGCUCCGGCACUGCGUUCGAACUCACCAUUCCGGGCACGGCGAGCAUCGCGUGGGACGAUACACUCCAGCUGUCGCCGGACUGUGUGGACCUCACCACCUACUCGGUGCCCGCCGCCCAGCUCUUCAAGGAGGAGGAGACCACCUUCGUGGCCAACAUCUUCGUCAAGACCAUCACCAACAAUGCCGAGGGCUAUGAAUUCGAGAACUCGCACGACGUCGUGGUGGGUCAACUGAUCGGCGACGGCCUGUUCAUUCAACUUGAGGCAGACGGCGAGCAGGCCAAGAUCACCUCGCCCAACGCUGGCAAUGUGCGGAUCUGUCUGUACCGCCGCGAGGACAUUGAGCUCAACUCGAACUUUGGAGUGUACGACUUUGCGCUGAGCGACGCCGGCGAUCUCUCGCGGUGGGCCCCGCUCGGCGUGGCCAUCACCCUGGCGGACGGCGGCCGCGCCCUCUGCGGCGUCCUGCCCUACCCGCUGCCGGCCACCUUCCCCACCUACUUCCCCAUCCAACGGAUCGACGAUUGGGAGGGCAAGACGUUCAUUGAGUCGCAGAGCGAUGCUACGGUCGGCAUGUUCUACCUCGCGGUGGCCCUCUACGCCCUCCUGUUGAUUCCCAACACGCUGGCCAUCGUCAACCAGAUCUUCCUCUUCAUCAAAGUAGAAUGGCCCGACGCGGGCGACAAGAACGUGUCCUCUUUCUUGUGGACCUUCUUUUCGAUGGGCCGCAUCAUCCACACGUGCAUCGAAGCGAUCCUCAUCCUGCGGGUGAUUUACUUUGCAAUGCUGCCGACGGGUGUGUUGAACGACACCAACGUGGUGGUCUACAUCAUCCUGGGCGAUCUGCCGGUCUACCUGUUCCUCUCCAUCUACACCCUCCUCCUCUUUUUCUGGGUGGAGCUGGUGCAUUGGACUCUGAAGAAGGGCGGACCCACCAUGCUCAAGCGCAUGAAGAUCAUGUUCGCCCUGGUCAACGCCUUCAUCUACCUAUUCCUCAUCGUGCUCAUCAUCAUCUUCAUCUCGCUCCAGGCCAGCACCUCUUCAACCGACACAUCGUGUUCUACGUCGUAUUUCAUUGAUGGAGGAGAUCCCAAUUCGGACCUAAAAGAUGCCCGCAAGGCAUUGGCCAUCCUCUACCAAUCGGUGAUCAUCUUCAUCGCCCUGUGCCUGGCCUUGGCCUUCCUCGUCUACGGGUCGGUCGUGAUCUGGAUGCUCGCCCACGUCAAGGCCAUGAGCGAAAAGCUCGCCAAGCUCAAGCGCAACAAGAUGAUCAAAUUUUCGGUGGUGCUGGUGAUCUGCACGGUGGCGCUGCUGGGCAUGUGCGCCUUCCUGCUCUACGGCACGAUCGACCAGAACGUGAACGCCAUCGGCGCGAUCGUGUUCGUGAUCGUGGUGGAGAUCACGCCGCUCCUGCUGCUCAUCUUCACCGUCUACGCCAAGCGGACCAACGUGUUCUCCUUCUGGUACUCGACGGCCCGCGGCCGCCUGUCGCGCGCCACCACCUCCGCCGGGUCAUCGUCGCCCUCGGCCCAGUCAUCAUCCGCCAUCGACCAGUCCUCGGUCGAGAUGUCCUCCUCCGUCCGAUCCCUCUGA